AUGAGACCAGAACUUUAUAUCCGACCCUGCUGGCAUCAACUCCUUCAACUUGUGUUGAAUUGUGAAAGCCCUCGUGUCUAUAUUGGUGGGACUCCUGGUUGCAGCAAAUCAUGCUUUGGAGACUUUCUUUUUACUGAAUUAAUCAAUAGAAAUUAUACAGUUAUCAUUCAAACCGUUCGUGUGCCAAAUCUAUACAUUUGUCAAAGUGGGAGAGUUAUCCCAUGUCAGGUUGGUGAAUCUGCCUUAUUCAAGGCAUUGGAAAAUAUAGACAAUUGGUACAUCUGUGAUGGAGUAAAACCAUUUCACGCAUCUGCGAGAUCAGUUCUAAUUUCCUCUCCCCGGGAGAGCAUCAGAAAAGAAUUUAUGAAAUGGAAUGAUAACCCAAGAAAAGUUGUGCCGAGUUUACCCGAAUGCUUCUAUAUGCCAACGUGGUCGUUUUCUGAGUUAAUAGAGUGUCGUGAACGAUGCUAUCCAGAUAUAAACAUAAAUGAUGUUCGUUCAUUAUUUGCAAAGUGGGGUGGUAUUCCUCGAUUUGUCUUCGCAGACAAUGGAUCAGAUGAUGGGCUCAAUACGGCAAUUUCCCGAACCAAUUGGAAGUCGGUCGAAGAUAAUGUUGGCAAAACUGGUUUCCCUCAAGAAAUUAGCCACAAAAUUGUGCACCUUUCUGUCUCGGAUGAUUUAAAACACUCACAUUGUUUUUGCUUCUCCUUAUGUUUCUCGAUUGGUUAUGGCUCAACUUUCGAAACAGGAAAGGAAGGAU